AUGGAGACUACUACUUGUGCUAAUCCAUGGUCAUGCAACAGCUUUCCACGCCCAGGUCCAGGCUGUUGUCUCCUCUCAGAAAAAAAAAGGGACUUGCCUCCUUUUGUCACUCGCUCUCCAUGGAUCAGCUCUUAUGAGGCCAAGAUACUGUUUGUGAAGAAUGGCAAGUAUAAGAUUAGUAUGUAUGAAGACCCCAAACUGCAUGAUUAUAGGCAGUAUGAAGCUAAUUUACCAAUUUUUGUGACAAGUUACUCCAGAGAUCCUUUAAAUCUGAAGUUAAAAUCACAGAAUUUAAACAUAGGUGAGUCCUUGACAUUCACUGUGUUAAAGAAAUUAGGGAUCAGUAUGUGAACAGUAGGGAGCAGGAGUAAAGGGUGUAGAACCCCUCUAACUCACAGUGACCUCAAAUGAAGCUUGAAGACCAAAGAGCAAUAUUUUUCCUAAGUGUCAACAUCAGAGACAAUCUGCUUUCUAAAUCUAAAUAACAGGCUUGGAUUACAGAAAAUACACUAGUUCACUCAUGCAGAGACACUAAGUUUUAAUGAUACCUGAUACAAGCAGGAUAAUUAGCUCAAAAACUCUGCUUCCCAAUGUAGACUUGCUGAUAAGACUGCAAUUUCAACCUUAUAAUGGUUUACUCCCAGGCAACUGAAUCAAGUCCAAUGUCUGUUAUCCUCAUUGUAGAUACAAUAGUCCAUAUCUGCAUUCCUACUGUGGUGGAUAGUCCAUAAUGGGAUGUCUGCCCUUUAGUGUAGAUUUUAUAGCUUCACCUCUUCUAAGGAUAACUUAUUUGAAAAUAAUUAACUACACAUUAGUCAAAGCACACACACACAUACAUAUCAUGUUGUAUAAGCCAUUUCUUUCUUUGUGCAUUCACAGCAAGGCCAUGGACAGAGUAU